AUGAGGAAAAAUUUAAACCUUUACUCUGGAAGAAUAUUCACAGACCGGAGGUGGAAAAUACCGUGUUUUGUGAGUUUGCUUGUGUCGAUCACAAUAGUUACCGCCACCAUUUGUGGGUUGCACGUGUCCCCGUAUGCCCGAGAUCCACCCCAAUUUGAUAAUGCAACUUUUGUCCGUCAAAACAACUCGGGAGCGUAUUUUGUAGAAACUGACUUGAGAAAAUCCUUAAAAUCAGUCGAGGCCUCGGAAUUAGAACCCCCGAGGCUCGCUUAUUUAAUUUCGGGCACGAAAGGGGACAGCAGAAGGAUGAUGAGGACUUUGCAGGCUGUGUAUCACCCGAGAAAUCGGUACAUUCUCCACAUGGACCUCGAGGCCCCGCCCAGGGAGAGGCUGAACUUAACCAUGUGGGUGAAGAAUGACCCGACUUUUAACGAGGUGGGGAAUGUGCGCGUGAUGGCUCACUCCAAUUUGGUGACGUACAAGGGGCCCACAAUGAUCGCUUGUACACUCCAAGCCAUGGCGAUUUUGUUAAGAGAGAGCUCGAGCUGGGAUUGGUUUAUUAAUUUGAGUGCUUCCGAUUAUCCACUCGUGACUCAGGAUGAUCUGCUAUUUGUUUUGUCCAACGUGUCACGAAAUAUCAAUUUUAUCGAGCAUGGACAUCUAGAUUGGUGGAAACUAAACCACAGAGCAAAGCCUAUUAUAAUCGAUCCAGGUCUCUACUUGUCGAGAAAAUCUGAUCUUUUUUGGACUACUCAACGCCGGACUGAGCCCACAGCUUUCAAGUUGUUUACUGGCUCUGCCUGGGUAGUCCUGACCCGCUCGUUUGUGGAGUACUGCAUAUGGGGCUGGGAUAGCCUGCCCCGAACGGCCCUCAUGUACUACACCAACUAUGUCUCAUCUCCCGAAGGCUACUUUCACACAGUCAUCUGCAACACUCCCAAUUUUCGGCCCACGGCUGUCAACCACGAUCUUCACUACAUUGCCUGGGACAAUCCUCCAAAGCAGCACCCGAGAUCCCUCUCGGUCAAAGACUUUGGCCACAUGGUCAACAGUAGCUCGGCUUUCGCCCGGAAGUUCCACGCGGAUGACCUAGUCCUCGACAGGAUCGACCGGGAGCUGCUCGGGAGGCCGGCGGGCGGGUUUUCUCCAGGGGCGUGGUGCGUGGGGAGCGAAGCUGAUCCGUGUGGGUCGAUUGGGGAUGACUCGGAUUUCAGGCCCGGCCCAGGUGCCCGGAGGCUGGCGGGGCUUGUUAAGAGGCUGCUGUCGGAGGAUCACCGGCGUAACCGGUGUCCGGGAUUGUAG